CAGCAAAACCACCGCCAGCGGCGCUUGCGGCGCUUGAGUGAUGCGCGAUGCCCAACGCCUUCCAGAGCUUGGACGACGAGACCUACGGCCCGCAAUUUCUGCAUAACAUUCUGGUGGUGGCUACCAAGGCGGGAUGGGCCCAGCAGCUGGGCCAAUGGCUCUUCGAGCAGAAGGGCCCCCGCAAGCUCGGCAUCGCUGCAGCGUCCGCAGCUUCCGCAUGCCACGCGGAAGGCGAGAUGGACUUGUCUGACUUGUCAGGCCUUCCGCAUGGGCAGGCGGUUGAGGUCUUGGACCUUGAGGAUUUGGACGCCGAAGAUUUCGACAUCGUCGUGGCAGUCGGCCAACCGCAGUUGAGCGAUGCCUGGAGGUCCAAGUUCAUCUUUUUCCCCUGGCAGGCCGCUGCGGAAGCUCAGCAGCAAACGGAGCAGUUGAUGCAGAUGAUCGAUGAGGCGAAGAUGCGCCGGGCCUGCGGCGCGGGAACGUCAUGCUGAGGCGGAUUUUAGCUGACCACGUGGACUUCCGCAGCUCCCUGCGAUCAAACCCGCGUCGAAGCGGCGAAGCUGGGCCUGAGCUUCGCCGCAUUUCGGCGCCGGUUUGAGCGUGGCGACGCUCAAGAGCAAUUUUUCCUGGUUUCUUUCUUUGAGCGCCCAAGGUCCAACAUUGGUGUCUAUGGAGGCCGGAAUAAGGGACAGUUGUCUCCAUAGAAUUGCAGAGCUUCCUGCCUCUUAAGACUCACGUCUUGCCGGCUCAGCACUCCGGGCUUCGAUACUACAAGAAGCUGCACCC